GCUGUGCCACGACCCUCAGUACCCUUCGAACAUGGCGCUGCGAGCAGCGAGGAACGUGCGGGCUGUGGCCUGCAGCCUGCGCUCGGCCUCGGCGCCCUCCGUGCCCUGCCCGCCGCGGCCCUGGCGGCUGGGGGCGGGCGCCGUCUGGACGCUGCGCACGGGACCCACUCUGCUUUCAGUGCGUAAAUUUACAGAGAAACAAGAAUGGGUAACAACAGAAAAUGGUGUUGGAACAGUGGGAAUCAGCAAUUUUGCACAGGAAGCUUUGGGAGAUGUUGUUUACUGUAGUCUGCCUGAAGUUGGGACAAAACUCUAUUCUCCUUUAUCAGGAGAAGUAACUGAAAUUAAUGGAGCUCUGGCAGAAAACCCUGGACUUGUUAACAAAUCUUGUUAUGAAGAUGGUUGGCUGAUCAAGAUGACACUGAGUAACCCUUCAGAACUAGAUGAACUAAUGAGUGAAGAAGCAUAUGAGAAAUACAUAAAAUCUAUUGAGGAGUGAAAAUGGAACCCCUAAAUAAACUAGUGUGAAAUAACUUAAUCCAGCAUAGUUGUCUUAAAUUAGUGAUGGAUAGAUGACUUAAAAUAGCAACUACUCUUAACACUGCUAAUGAAAGAAAA